UGGGGCUAUCACAUUCAGAAGUUUUUACUUAUUAAUUCCCAAACAAUGUUUGGAAUGUUGUAAAUAUUGCUUCGUUAAAUACCACUACCCAUUCUCGCAAAUCUAACCAUUACCAAAGAAAACAAAAAGACAACGAGAUGAAGCCAGAGUCAAAAGAAGUCCAACAUAUCCAUCCCUUAACGGUGGUUACCGUUGGUGACUUCAUAUGCAAUGGCUGCAACACCGAGGGCUAUGGUAAGACCUACUGUUGCGCCAAUUGCGACUACCAUCUUCACGAAUACUGUGCCACGUGUCCCACUACCCUCCUCAGCUUUAUGCAUCCACAACACGAGCUCGGGCUAGUCUUUGAAGGACCAGAGCGUUUAUGCAACAUCUGCGAUGAAUCAGUCGAGGGGCUCUAUUACCGUUGCAUAGCUUGUGAUUUCGAUGUCCAUCCACUCUGCACACGGCUGCCUCAGCACGUGCGCCACGUGCCUCACCCGGCUCAUCCCUUAGAGCUGAGCCACUCGGAAGCAAACAGCACCUGCAUGGUUUGCCGUGGUGCCAUCCAGUCUUGGCGGUACAAGUGUGGUCCAUGCGGGUUAGAUGUUCACAUGGAGUGUGUUAAUUCUUCUGCAUCAGCUGCGACGGGCACUCAUAAUAAUCCUAAACAUGGAUGCGGAUGUGAACACAAUAACGGAGAUACAAAUCAAGGUCAGGAUCAAGUACCGCGUCCAUAUCACGUUAAAAGAAGAAGAAUGCUUCGCAUCUUGAAGUUCAUAACGGUUGAGGUUAUCCGCAAUAUCAUAGCUCCUUAGCAAGCUACCGAAGCAAGUAGAGGUUCAUUUUAAAAUGGCAACUCUCUUACGUUAUGACAUUAUGUUUUGUAUCUCCAUUGUUUAUAUUGUUUCUGUUAUGUUAUGCUAUCCGCAAUAAAUUUACUGUGUUACCAUCUUCAA